ACUCAGUUUCUCUAAAACCCACAAUUUGAUCCCUAAAUCAAUUAAAAAUACUUUAAAUAUAAUGAAUCAAAAGCGUUAUGAACGUCGUUACGUUCAACCACCUUUAAAUACUUGUCUUGUUCGUGUGGCAAAAACUGCCGGUAUUGAUAGACAUUCCAUAGAAGAUGAUGUAGAAUAUAUUUUAUACCAUUUCAUUAGUAGACCAAAUCAAACAUUUAAAGAUUUCGACGAUCUUUGGAAUGAACUUCAUUUCAAUUUUGUUCAUUUUGCCUGUGUUAAAAGAGAAUUUCGUGCUAUUUUUAUGGAUGCUUUCUUUGCUAGUUUUCUAUUUCAUUUUUCAAGUCCAUUAGUUUCCGUCAAAUGUGCUGUCCUUUUUUCUAUUUAUUUUUUAUACAUGACACAGCCCAGUGUAUGGGGAAAAAAUCGAAUCAGAGUAACUAAAGAACUUUUCAGUCAAUUAUUUGAUUUUUAUGUUGAAUCGAUUCAAUCAGAAGAAAACAUAGAAGCAGCUCUGAUUUUUGAUAAAUUACGAACCAUGGAAGCAUUUUUAUUUGUGGGUGAGCAAGAACAAGAUCCUUUUCAAGUGCAAGAGAGAAUUGAAUUUAGUAAAGUAAUAGCCAUGAAUGAAAGUUUACACGACUUAAAGAAGAAAAAAAUAAAUAAUGAUGUUUUAAAUUUAUGUUCUGAAUCGCAUUUAAAAGAAUUUAAAAAUCUUGCUAAAGAAUACGAUGCUGCAAAAAAGGAAUUAUAUUAUACUCCACAAGCAACUUUGGCAACCCAAAAAAUGUUAAAGGAAACUUUAAAUGUCAAAGAGACAAGAAGAAGAUUAUUACAAAACGUAUUAUUGGCAAAUACAUUUGCAAAAGAUGAAACAGAGGCUAUGAAACGAAUAAUCGGCUCUGGUCAACAAAUGUUGAACUCAAAGAGAAGAAAAUUAGAAAGGAAAAAAUUACAAUAAUAAUGUUUGUUUAUCAGAUGAUUUGCCAUGACAUCAUGCGUGUCGAGUAUAAUACCUGUAUUUUAUUGGAUAGAGUCAUUUUUUUUUCUUGUGGCUCUUAAUGGCAUAUAAAGCUAUUCAUUCUCUAGGAAAAAAAAAAAAAUAACAUUUCCUUUUUCUAUUUC